UAUGAACUACGCAUGUGCAGGGGGGCAGCUCCUCACUCAGUCACUCAGUCCUCUCUCGGCUGGAUUUGGUGCAGCAGCAGCAGUAGCACGGCACGGCACGGCACGGCAAGACAGGGGCGCACAAGUAGUCAGCUAGCAGCGACCCAAGUGAAAUGUCGGAAAGUGGGAGUCAGGAAGCAGCAGCAGCCUCCACAGGAGCAGGAGCAGGAGGAGGAGGAGGUGCCGCUAACGGCAGCAGCGACAGCCCCACGAAAGGAGCACCUAGACCGGCUGUGGGCAACAAAGUGACCGUGGUGCUCGGAGCUCAAUGGGGCGACGAGGGGAAGGGAAAAGUUGUCGAUCUCCUGGCACAAGACGCGGACAUGGUGUGCAGAUGUCAGGGCGGCAACAACGCAGGACACACGGUGGUGGUCGACUCGGUGGAAUACGACUUUCACCUCCUCCCCAGCGGCAUCAUCAACCCCAAGGUCACCGCCUUCAUUGGCAAUGGCGUAGUGAUCCACCUUCCAGGCUUGUUUGAAGAGGCUGAAAAGAAUGAACGCAAAGGAAAAGGUCUAAAAGACUGGGAGAAACGGUUGAUCAUCUCAGACAGAGCACAUAUUGUGUUUGACUUCCACCAAGCGGUUGAUGGCGUUCAAGAACAGCAGAGACAAGAGCAAGCAGGCAAGAACCUCGGGACAACAAAGAAGGGGAUUGGUCCAGUGUACUCAGCCAAGGCAGCACGUAGCGGCCUCAGGAUAUGUGACCUCUUAGCUGACUUCACUCAGUUCUCUGAAAGGUAUAAAGUGUUGGCCCAGCAGUACAAGGCUAUGUACCCCACUCUGGAGAUUGACAUAGAAGGAGAGCUGGUCAAAUUAAAGGACUAUGUGGAGCGGAUCAAGCCCAUGGUUAGAGACGGGGUGCACUACAUGUACGAGGCUCUUCACGGUCCUCCUAAUAAGAUCCUGGUGGAAGGAGCCAACGCAGCGCUGCUGGACAUAGACUUUGGUACGUAUCCGUUUGUGACAUCGUCCAACUGCACAGUGGGCGGGGUUUGUACGGGUCUGGGAAUGCCACCUCAGAACGUCGGGGAGGUUUACGGCGUGGUCAAGGCGUACACCACCAGAGUCGGCAUUGGAGCUUUCCCCUCAGAGCAGAGCAACGACAUCGGAGAGCUACUUCAGACUCGGGGGAAGGAGGUGGGCGUGACCACAGGCAGGAAGAGGCGAUGUGGUUGGCUGGAUUUGGUGCUCAUCAAAUAUGCACACAUGAUUAAUGGCUUCACCGCUUUAGCUCUCACCAAGCUGGACAUACUUGACGUCUUCACUGAGAUCAAAGUGGGUGUAGCGUACAAAGUCGACAAUCAAAUUAUACCUCACUUUCCAGCCAAUCAGGAGGUGUUGCAGCGUGUGGAGGUCCAGUAUGAGACCCUCCCAGGCUGGAACAGCGACACCUCGGCUGCAAGAAGCUUCGAGGAGCUGCCUGAGAACGCCCAGAAAUAUGUCCGCUUUGUUGAGGAGAACGUGGGAGUGCCUGUCAAGUGGAUCGGAGUGGGCAAGUCUCGGGAGUCCAUGAUCCAGCUGUUCUAGACGAAGAGGAAACGCAAGCAAAGAGGAUGCACAGCAGCGAAUCAACUGAACCCUUCUUCCCCUCGCCAAACACUCACACACACACAGCCUACCUACCUGUCUCGACUCUCCGACAAAGACAUGACUGAUCGUGUCUGUUCUUAAUGCUUUAUCACUCUGUCAUUGGACUGUCCCAUGUUACAGACCAGAUCUCUCUGGAUCAGACUCCCAUUAGACUGACCUCCCUGUAUGAAUGGUACUCAGUGUCUCCAUCUGGAUUUUUAACAGUUUAAACCUUUUAAGAUAACACUUCUGCGGUCACAUCCCUCUUUUAAUUUGUCCCCAUUUAUACUGUAGCCAUUUACUUCAGAGGUAACACUCGGCAACACCAGCUGCCAUCAGGUCUGAAAGAGGACACGAGGGAACGGACUCAGCACACACACAAACACAAACAAACACACACUGACGCAGACGCGGGAUCACUGCCCGCAGGAACUGUCCACAGACGUUUGGUUGGUCAAACUUUUAAGUGUAUGUUUGUUCAUCUAUGCUGUGUUUUAAAUGGGCUGUGCCAGUCUGGUGUAAAUCAGUUAAAAAAAGUUUUAACCUCGGCACUUUAGAUGCUUUGGACUAUAUCUGCUUUAUGUUUUAUUCUGCCAGGUUUACGGUACAUCCUGACAUGAUAAAGGGAUCCUUUAAUAUUUGUAAUGUGUCUUUUUGUGUUUGGUUUUUUGUCGUCAGAUGACAGAUGUUUGGAGUAAAGACC